GAAGGUAGAGGUAGGCAGACGGGGAGAUGCGGUGCUACAGUGAGCGUGUCUGUGAGCCUGCAACUCUUCAUCCUAUCACCAGCGACCACAGUGUGCUAUGGAGCUGUGAUGUACAGAUUCACUGCAGGAGCAGGGAAUGCAGAUAGGAGUUCACCUUGAGCUGGAGUCCGGCAGUGCCACUCUGGACCUUUGGGAUUACAAAAAAACAUUUGCUGAAGAAGAACAGCUGAGGUUUCAUCAGACUUGACAGGCUGCCAGAUUCUUUAACUUCGGGAUUACUGGUCCAGACUCCCAGCAGAAGGUCUCACUGCAGAGACAGAGGCCAGAAUUCAAACAGGUUCUCAUUUUGGAGACUCACCUUCUGUCCGCAAGCCGGACAUCAUACAGAAGAGGCUGUCGCAUCCAUUGAUCAAACUGGAUCCCCGCAAAGCCACCACCAAGCAGGUCCUGCACCCCAGGAAGCCUGAAGGCAGCCUGACCUUGGACCAGCUAUCACCCGAACCCCUGCUGGCACCAGCAGAAACGUCCGGCAUGUCUCAGAGCGGAGGACGGCUCCACAACAAAAAAGCUGGCAUCCGGGCCGCCGUGAUCCUCAUCGGACUCCUGCACAAGUCUCGCAAAGUCAAGGAGAAGGAGCGGGAGAGAGAGGAAAGCGAAGGGAAACAGGAGCUGCUGAACAUCUCCAACGUCCCUUUGGGAGAAUGUCCCCCAUCACCACCCCGCACUGCACCACCCAGCAUGAAGUCCGCAGAGUUCUUCGACAUGCUGGAAAAGAUGCAGGUCCCUAAAGCUGAAGAGACCAAAAAAUGGAAGGAUGACUAUAUCCCCUACCCACGGAUAGAAGAUGUCCUAGAGAAGGGUGGUCCAUACCCCCAGGUAAUCCUGCCCCAGUUCGGGGGUUAUUGGAUUGAGGAUGUGGAAGCACCGGCAGGAACUCCAUCUUCCUCAGAAUCUAGUUUCUGUGAGGAGGAAGACGGAGGAGAGGGCAUGAGCCCCGGUGGGGGGCACAGCUACCGUCUGGAGUGCAACAGCACAGCCCGUGCCUACCGCAAACACUUCCUGGGCAAGGAGCACAUGAACUACUAUUGCACCGGCAGCAGCAUAGGCAACCUCAUCAUGUCCCUGAAACACGAAGAGGCUGAGGGACAGGAGUUCCUGCGCAUCAUGCUCAGGUCGAGGACCAAAACAGUUCACGAUAGAAUCUCUUUAGCAGGGAUCAACCAGCUGCCCAGCGUACCACAGAUUGCCAAGGUCUUUUGUGAUGAUGCCACAGGGCUGAAGUUCAACCCGGUCCUGUACCCACGGGGAUCCCAGUUAAUAGUGGCUUACGAUGAACAUGAGGUGAACAACACGUUCAAAUUCGGAGUCAUCUACCAGAAGUUUGGACAGACAUCAGAAGAGGAGCUAUUUGGAAACAAUGAGGAGACGCCAGCUUUCAAGGAGUUUCUCAGUAUCCUAGGAGACACCGUUGAACUUCAAGAUUUUAAAGGGUUCCGUGGUGGGCUGGACGUGUCCCAUGGACAGACGGGGUCUGAAUCUGUCUACACCGUCUUCAGACAGAGGGAGAUUAUGUUCCACGUGUCAACUAAGCUUCCCUUCACCGAGGGUGAUGUUCAGCAGCUCCAAAGAAAAAGGCACAUAGGAAACGACAUUGUGGCCGCAGUCUUCCAAGAAGAGCCCACACCGUUUGUUCCGGACAUGAUCGCCUCCAACUUCCUGCACGCCUACGUCCUGGUGCAGGCAGAGAACCCCUGCACAGAGCACACGACAUACAAGGUGUCUGUUACGGCGAGGGAAGAUGUACCUUCAUUUGGACCUCCCCUCCCAAACCCAGCCAUCUUCAAGAAGGGCCCAGAGUUUCGAGACUUCCUGCUGACAAAGCUGAUCAAUGCUGAAAACGCCUGCUACAAAUCUGACAAAUUCGCCAAACUGGAGGGGCGAACACGAGCCGCGCUGCUGGACAAUCUCCACGACGAGCUGCACAGACAGAGUCAAAGCGCGCUUGGUCUGGGACAGGUCGGAGAGGAGGACAAGCUUGAGAACGGGGGACACGGAGGCCUGCUGGAGUCCUUCAAGAGAGCCAUGCGGGUCAGGAGCCACUCCAUGGAGACUAUGGUAGGGUCUCACCGUCACAGGAGCCCCGGUGUAGGAGGUGGUGUUCCAGCCAGCCUCAGUGGUGGAGGUCUGCCGCAGAGCACCAGCGAAUGCACAAAGAGCACCUUCACUCCUCCUGUACUGUCAGCCAAGUCUCCCCUGAAGAGCCCUGUAAAACGGCGCUCGGGUCUCUUCCCCCGUCUCCACUCCAGCACAGAAACCUCUUCAGACAAACACACGCGUAGCGACCAAAAGUUUGCAGAGAGCUGCCCGCUGUCCCAGGACAUGAAAUCAGAGACGUCAUCCAAUCCGAGCUCACCUGAGAUCUGUCCCAACAAAGAAAGGCCGUUUGUCAAGCUGAAGGAGUGCGGCGGCGGCAGGCAGAACAUUUCUCGUUCUUCUUCCAGCACCAGCAGCUUCAGCAGCACCACGGGAGAAACAGAAGCUCUGGAAGAAUUGGAGACGGCCAGCCAUCCACCCAUAGCUUCUUCCUCUGCCUUCAGCCCCGCACUCAACAUAGAAAGCCAAGGGUCCUGCACCCCUGUCAUCAUGUGCCGCAGUCCAACAGAUGGAAAAACUAAGACUUCACCGAGGUCAAACUUGAAGUUCCGCUUUGACAAAAUGAGCCACUCAUCCACGACUUCUGAGUAGCUUUGGGUGGAACGGAAAAAACCCCAACCUUGCACAAUGAAGGGACAGCGCCUGCUGACAGAGCUGCAAAAAAAUAAAACAACGACAACAAAAUAAAAAAGUCACAACAACAACCACAAAAUCACUGUAGAACUACUUCCCAAUGCCAAGGAUAACCUGAGAAGGUUACCGAGUCCCCCGCACACUAGAAUCUAACUGAAACUACUGUGAGUAUAUAGGGAGGAGAAGCAGCUGACAUUUUGGCUUUUGUUUCUAACCAACCUUUAGCUACAGAUUAGUCGAUACUCGCUGCACCGUUGCUCAUCCACCUUACGUGAGGGUCUUUGGCGUGGCUGUGAUACUGUGAGUUCAAGCCGAGCUCGGCUUUUUUUCCUCAAGCGUCUUGUUUGAUAGAGAGAAACAUGAUGACCACCUAGAAGAAUUGUGACACGAGUUUAUGGCCGAACUGUUAACCUUUAUCUCACUGACUGUUGAGUGCCCAGUGAAGGAAGAAAAAAAGAAAUCAUCAGCCAUCAGGAUGUAUUUGCCUUCGCCCUUGAACAGACGAAAACUGCGCACAGAAGACUCGCAGUAGGAAGACCUCGGAGGCACCGCGGCUGGGAGUCUUCUCCACUGUGCUUUCUGAGCUUGUUCUUUGCAUAAUGUAAAUGCUUUUUCCAGAGAACAAGUUUUGAUUUCGACGAGGCUUUUUGUAAUCCCGCUAGCUGCUGCAUUGUGUCUACUGCACUAUAAACGUGACGUGUCUCCUCCUAGGACAGCAUUUCUGUAUCCGUAGGGGCAACUUCAUAGACUUGAACUCAAGAGCAGGGGUGGGGGGCGGGGUGGGGAGGGGCACUGCCAACACAUUUUGCCACAAGCUUCUUUUAGCCAAAGCUGCGCCUUACAAUCUAUCACAUCACACACAUAAAAAAAGCCCUUUUCGCCGCUGACACGUUCUUUCUCAGCCUCCGUCUCGUCUCUGUGCGUCUCACUAUGUGAGAGGACGGGGAUCUGGUUACAGCACAGUUGUGGGUUGCCGAUCUACACCCACAUUUGCUCAAAAUAGAUGUUGCACUCAGUGAAAACAUUUCACCUUCUGAUACCUCCCAUUGAAACUCGCUAGCUCGGUGUAUCGGCGUGUACGUACGGCGGCUCUUUAGGACAUCUCCAGGGUUUUUCCCAGGAUGUGAGCUGAUGAGGAUGACUUGAAAAAUAUGAAGUUCAGGUUAUAACGAACCACCUUUGAAGUUACAAAAAACACUUUGAAUGUAAACUAUGAGCCUUUAAAAAAAGGACUUAGCUGUUGCAAAAAUACAAGUAAAAACUGCAAAGUCGGGUGCUCGCAGGCACAGAAGGACCACGGGUCUAAUCUUCAACUGACAUUAGCCUGGAAAAGAAGCAUAAAGACACACACAUUCGCUUCCAGUGUGACCAAAAACAAUCAAGCUGGUGUGUGUUAAUGUCGGUGUAAUCUUACUGUGUAGGGAACAGUUCCUGUAGUUUAGGCUGGCCUAAGAGUGUAAAAGGUUUAAUAGCUAGGUUCACCCAAAUUACAAACGCCCUCUGUGAUUUACAUGUAGGUCACCUUUUAACUUGCCAGGAAGCUGUUCUAACUUGAGUAGUACCUUUCUAAUUUAUCAGGACUAGAGGCAGGCGUGUUGCCAAACACGCUGCCCUCGGUCGGUGAUUACCUCGAGUAAGGGAAGCAGGGAUAGAAAUCCUCUGGGGAAGUUCAGAUGUCAUAUAGUUUGUAGCAGGUGUCGCCUAAAAAAAAAAAAGCCCUGCAGCCUUUCCUUUGUUAAUACGCUUAAGUUAUUAAACUUUUUUUGCAUCGAUGUCAUGUAAAAAUUGUUACUGCAGAGUACGCUAAUUAACGGUGAAAUGAUUAAAGGAAAUAUAUUAAGUUAAAAGAUGUCUAAACAUGUAUAUGUAUAUUUGGUUAUGUAAUGUGCCAUUGAGAAUUUAUUCUAAAAUA